AAUGCGUGUGUGUGUGCGUGUUUUGGUGUGGGAUGGAUUGUGACACGUAUGUUGGUCCGUCUCGUUGAAGCCACCCGUCCCGGCAGGACAUCUCUACCUGGGGCCGGGAGAGCACACGGACAACUUUGAGAAGCCCUUCUUGCUUAGCAACAUGGAGGCGAGAGACGCGACGGCAGGUGCUCUCCUGGGCAAUGACGGAGAGCAAAAAACUGCAAAGAAAAGUCCCCCCGCUAAGAAAGUACAUCCACCUAAAAGUAAGAUGGAGCAACUUUUUGGCUUCAAGAAGGAAGAUGUGACGUCAUGGCGCAGCCUGGUGACCCUCCUGAACCGCCCCACAGACCCUGCAUCCCUGGGCAUCUUUCGCUGCAUGUUUGGCUUGCUGAUGGCCAUCGACAUCACACAGGAGCGUGGCCUGAGUCACGUGGACUACAAGUACCUGGACGGCGCCCCCGUGUGCCGCUUCCCGCUCUUCAACUUCCUGAAGCCGCUGCCCAUGGACUGGAUGUACAUGGUCUAUCUGGUGAUGUUCAUCGGCUCAUUGGGCAUCAUGCUGGGCUGCUUGUACCGCCUUUCCUGCCUGAUGUUCGUGUCCACGUACUGGUACGUCUUUUUCCUGGACAAGACGGCGUGGAAUAACCACUCCUACCUCUACGGCCUCAUCGGGUUUCAGCUCACGCUCAUGGACGCCAACAGAUACUGGUCAGUGGACGGCUUGAGGAGAGGCACCAUAAGAAACGCACACGUGCCGCUGUGGAACUACACCUUGUUGAGGACGCAGAUAUUUAUAGUCUACUUCCUCGCUGGAAUUAAGAAGCUGGAUGCUGAUUGGAUGGAGGGCUACUCCAUGUCCUACUUGGCGCAUCAUUGGCUGUUUGAUCCCUUCAGGAUGAUUCUUCCCGUGGAGUUAAUCAGUCUGCUGGUGGUCCACGGCGGCGGUCUAAUUCUGGACCUGAGCGCGGGCUUCCUGCUCUUUUUUGACGCCACAAGACCUUACGCGGUUGUCUUCGUCAGCUACUUCCACCUCAUGAACUCUCAGCUCUUCAGCAUCGGCAUGUUCCCCUACGCCAUGCUGGCCACCAGUCCGCUCUUCUUCUACACCGACUGGCCCAGGAGGUUCUUCGGCCGCUUCCCGGCGUUCCUCAGGGGCGUCCUCCCGUACACGACCCCCGACCCCCAGCCCAGCUCUUCCUGCAUUUACCAGGAGGCUGGACGGCAGCAGGGUGUCGCCAAGUCUUCCAAGACGAGGUUCAAACACAAACUGGCGGCCUUCUUUGCUGUGGUCUACGUGCUUGAGCAGUUCUUCCUGCCGUACUCCCACUUCAUCACUAAGGGUUACAACAACUGGACCAACGGCUUGUACGGCUACUCCUGGGACAUGAUGGUGCACUCGCGCAGCCACCAGCACGUGAAGAUCACCUACAAGGACGGCCAAACCGGGGAUAUUGGAUACCUCAAUCCAGGGGUGUUCACUCACAGUCGGCGCUGGAAGGACCACGGCGACAUGCUGAAGCAGUACGCCACCUGCCUCAGUGAUCUGCUGCCUCGCUACAACAUCUCCGACCCUGAAAUCUACUUUGACAUCUGGGUGUCCAUCAAUGAACGUUUCCAGCAAAGGAUAUUCGACCCCCGCGUGGACGUCGUGAAGGCCGACUGGUCGCCAUUCCGACCAAACCCGUGGCUGAUGCCCCUGCUGGUGGAUCUCUCGCCCUGGAGGACAAAGUUCCAGGAGAUCGAGAGCUCUUUGGACAAUCAGACAGAGAUUGUCUUUAUCGCAGAUUUUCCAGGCCUCCACCUGGAGAACUUUGUGAGCGAAGAUCUGGGCAACACCAGCAUCCACCUGCUGCAGGGCAGCGUGAAGGUGGAGGUGGUGGAGGAGAAGAAGAACUACACGAUGCAAGCCGGGGAGAAGAUGACGGUUCCCGCUGGAGCUUACCAUAGAGUGUACACGGUGUCCCAGGGGCCGUCUUGCUACAUGUACGUCUACGUCAACACCACGGAGGCGGCGCUGCAGCAGAACUUCACCAAGCUGUUGGACCUCCAGGAGCGCAUCCGGAACGGGACAGAGACGGAGCCUCUCCCACCCGAGCUGCAGCCUCUCCUGUCGGCGGACAACGAGGACGGGUCCGAGGUGGACGCCACUGACCCCGUGGUAAAGCUCUUCCUGAAGAGGCAGCGGCGCCUGAAGGAGGUGAAGAGGCGGCGGGAGGCCGGCGUGCUGGAGCGCCUGCAGCGCUUUGCCGUGAAGAAGUACUACAGCAUACGGCGAGGAUUCUUGAUGACGGCCAUCGCCAUGAGAAACCUGGCGGUGGGUUUGCCGCCGCUGGAUCAGCUGACGCAGGAAGUGGCAUUCGCCAACAUGAAAGAGGCGGAAGCGGAGGACAACCGGGGGGCGGAGCAGCUCAAAGAUGAAGUGGGUCACGGAGAACUCUAGAGCUACGACUGGACUGUUACAGGACGGAGGGAAUUUACAUGGCCCCAUUCCAAGGGAAGGGGGUGUUAAUCAUUUUGCAAUGCGGUCUGCUGAAAAUGACGGAAAGCGCCACUGGACAAAGCAAAUGACGCUGUGGUCAAAUUCAUAUUCAUAGGAUAUUCAACACUCUACUGCUAUCUGGUGGCUAAAGUGGAUAGUGCAACCCCCAAUUUGUCAGGUAAACCGUGACGAAUGGGGCCAUAUGAAUCCCCUUCCUACUGUGCUACGACAUGUUUCUAAAAUGUUUGCCAUUUCAGAUGAUUUCCAAAUAUAAAGGCAGUAUUUUGUCGCGUGUGCAAGCUAACUAAGCUAAUGUGACAACUAGCAGGAAUUUUUGCAUAUUUUACUUUGACUGAAAAGGUGCACAUUCAAUGCUUAGUGAUUAUGUCAAUGCCUUUUUAUUGUUUGGAAAUGAUUACGUUGCAUAAGCAGUUUGAAAAUUGCGCACAAUUUUCCCUCAAAGAUUGGCCUCGAAUUGUCAUAUUAAAAAAAAUUAAAAAAAUGUUUCACAAUCAACAAAUAAUCCUUAACAUAGUAUUAAAAUAUGUGUCAGAAUAAUUGUAUGUAAGUUAUCACAACAUUUUGUGUUUCAAUCAGUUCCCGGCGAGCAGACAAAAGCUGUCUGUGAUCUUACCAAUCAAAAGGCUUGUAAAACUCCACUGUGUAGGAUGGGGAGCGACAUGAAGGUGUCGGUUUCUUUGAUGCAUUGUAAUCCACAGGAAGAUUUUGUCUUGACCCGAGAUCUACAAAGCGAAGAGGAGGCAGGACCUGAUCCCCCUCCAGGAACCUUUUCUUUGAACUGUUUUGUGACCGAGGGCAGCGGCGGUUUACGACCCCCGUCCCUUUAGAAACAGCUGUUGCCAUAUAAUCAGGGAAAGUCCAAAUAAAAGAGGAGGCGUACAAUCUUUCGUCAGAGAGUGGGACGACACUGUACAAGGGUACAGUUUCUACGCGUUUCUCUUCAAUUGAGCUACCGUAUUUUUCAGAAUAUAAGUCGCACCGGCCAAAAAUGCAUAAUAAAGAAGGAAAAAACAUAUAUAAGUCGCACUGGAGUAUAAGUCGCAUUUUUUUGGGGAAAUGUAUUUGAUAAAAGCCAACACCAAGAAUAGACAUUUGAAAGGCAAUUUAAAAUGUCUAAAGAAUAGUGAACAACAGGCUGAAUAAGUGUACGUUAUAUGAGGCAUAAAUAACCAACUGAGAACGUGCCUGGUAUGUUAACGUAACAUAUUAUGGUAAGAGUCAUUCAAAUAACUAUAACAUAUAGAACAUGCUAUACGUUUACCAAACAAUCUGUCACUCCUAAUCGCUAAAUCCCAUGAAAUCUUAUACGUCUAGUCCAGGGGUCACCAACCUUUUUGAAAGCAAGAGCUACUUCUUGGGUAGUGAUUAAUGCGAAGGGCUACCAGUUUGAUACACACUUAAAUAAAUUGCCAGAAAUAGCCAAUUUGCUCAAUUUACCUUUAACUCUGUUAUUAUUAAUAAUUAAUGAUAUUUACACUUAAUUGAACGGUUUAAAAGAGGAGAAAACACGAAAAAAAUGACAAUAAAAUUUUGAAACAUAAUUUAUCUUCAAUUUCGACUCUUUAAAAUUCAAAAUUCAACCGAAAAAAAAAGAAGAGAAAAACUAGCUAAUUCGAAUCUUUUUGAAAAAAUUAAAAAAAUAAUUUAUGGAACAUCAUUAGUAAUUUUUCCUGAUUAAGAUUAAUUUUAGAAUUUUGAUGACAUGUUUUAAAUAGGUUAAAAUCCAAUCUGCACUUUGUUAGAAUAUAUAACAAAUUGGACCAAGCUAUAUUUCUAACAAAGACAAAUCAUUAUUUCUUCUAGAUUUUCCAGAACAAAAUUUUUCAAAGAAAUUCAAAAGACUUUGAAAUAAGAUUUAAAUUAGAUUCUACAGAUUUUCUAGAUUUGCCAGAAUAAUCUUUUUGAAUUUUAAUCAUAAUAAGUUUGAGGAAAUAUUUCACAAAUAUUCGUUGUCGAAAAAACAGAAGCUAAAAUGAAGAAUUAAAUUAAAAUGUAUUUAUUAUUCUUUACAGUAAAAAAAAUAAAUUUACUUGAACAUUGAUUUAAAUCGUCAGGAAAGAAUUUAAAAGGUAAAAAGGUAUAUGUGUUUAAAAAUCCUAAAAUCAUUUUUAAGGUUGUAUUUUUUCUCUAAAAUUAUCUUUCUGAAAGUUAUAAGAAGCAAAGUAAAAAAAUGAAUGAAUUUAUUCAAACAAGUGAAGACCAAGUCUUUAAAAUAUUUUCUUUGGAUUUUCAAAUUCUAUUUGAGUUUUGUCUCUCUUAGAAUUAAAAAUGUCGGGCAAAGUGAGACCAGCUUGCUAGUAAAUAAAUACAAUUUAAAAAAUAGAGGCAGCUCACUGGUAAGUGCUGCUAUUUGAGCUAUUUUUAGAACAGGCCAGCGGGCUACUCAUCUGGUCCUUACGGGCUACCUGGUGCCCGCGGGCACCGCGUUGGUGACCCCUGCUCUAGUCUCUUACGUGAAUGAGCUAAAUAAUAUUUGAUAUUUUUACGGUAAUGUGUUAAUAAUUUCACACAUAAGUCGCUCCUGAGUAUAAGUCACACACCCAAGCCAAACUAUGAAAAAAACUGCGACUUACAGUCCGAAAAAUACGGUAAAUUGAAUUCUGUCUCUGUUUAAUUCCUUGCUUCUUGUCUUGUUUAAUAGAUGUCAUCAGUGUUUGAACCUAACAAUAUGUCAUGUCUUUUCUAUUCCAAUGCUAUUGUUUACUGGAUGAAAUGUGUCAAAAUGAAGUGUCUUUUUGGUAUUAAUUUGGUGUUUGCAAAUAUAAUCAGGAGGACAAAAAGUAGUACCGGGUAAGUGAAGCCUGGAUGUGAGGAAAUAUUGUUUGUUUCUGCUUCUGUGCAAAUCUCCAUACUGUGAGUAAGACUUCCCAUUUCUACUUACUUUUAUAAAAACACAAUAAAAAUCUUUUGAUGUCAU